CAUCAGCAGUGGCAGGCGGUGGUGGCCGCCGCGAGAAGGACGAGAUGCUUGCGGAGAGGCAGUACUAUCCGUUCGACAAGGAGCUCGUGUUAGAGAGAGAGCGUUGCAAUGCGGCUCUCUGCCGCUUCAAUAACAGCAUGAACCCGGCCAACGGUGCAUCGCCCGAGGAGAGAGCACGGCUCUUCCGCGAAAUCCUGCAGCCCAAGGUGCCCAUCCAACUCUCGCCCGUGCAGACGAUCCCUGUGAUGAAUGCUGGGCGCGUGGGCGACCACGUCGUCGUGGAGGCUCCCUUUACCUGCGAUUAUGGAUACAACAUCCAGAUUGGAAAGAACACCGUGAUUGGGCGCAACUGCACCAUGGUAGACGCGUGCGAGGUCAUCAUCGGGAACAACGUCGUCAUCGGACCCAAUGUGAGCUUCUACACGACGAGCAUGACGACCGACCCGAGGAGAAGAAAUGGCGCAAAGGGAGCUUGCCAGGGCCAGAGGAUUGUCAUCGAGGACGAUUGCUUCAUCGGGGGCAGCGUGGUGAUCCUUGGGGGUGUCAAGAUCGGUCGGGGCACAACUGUUGGCGCCAUGAGCCUGGUGACGAGGACACAACCGGCUUUUUGCAUAUGUACUGGUAAUCCAGCCAAGGUCACAAGGGGUAUCGCAUCGCCGUAUUCCUAAAGGAAAAAGAAAAAAAGAAGGAAAAAAGAAAAAGCUGGACUUGUUGUGGAUUUCCCUGGAGUUUUCUCUAUAUAUCUUUUUCUUCCUUUUUUCUUUUUAUUGCUUCUGAUUUCGCUGCACUUACUGCUUUUACUUGUUUUGCUUGUAGCAACUGUUUUUAGUCCUCUUGCUUGUCCAAGAUACCCAUUUUAAUGGUUGAUGAUGAAGAAGAGAAAGAAAGAACGUAAAGAAAAGCCAUGGGCCUCUCAACAUUCUCAUCUCGAUUUGUUCACCCUUUUUCCAUUUCCAUGCACCGAAGGGGAGCUUCCAAAGUCCUUGAAAGAGGGCGUGUCUUCUUGCACCCCGGGGUGCACAGAGUGAGCUGAUUGAGAGUGUUUUUGGUGACUGAAAAAGAGGAAGGAGAACGAGAUUGGAAUGCACAACGGGGAAAGAGGCAAUAUGGCCACAUAGACUUGUUAUGAGAGCAAAAUCCAGGCUCUUACUGAGUCUCAAAGGGGCCCAAUGCAAGUUCACGUGGAAUUGCAGGUUUGGUGGCCCUUUUUCCGGGGUAUUUCAGAAAGAAGAGAAUGAAACAUAAAUCAACCACAG